AUGUUACUCAAUAAAUUUUCCCAAUUUCUACUUGUCGGCUGGCUCUCCAACACGCUGGCCGAGACUGUCGUCCACGAUGACCAUUUCACCCCCGACCACGUGCUCAGGGUAGCCGUUGCCCCAGUGAUCUCUGGUUGCGAGAUGCGGGAUAAUGUGGUGGUCAAUGGGACGUCCCCGGGACCAGCCAUACAUCUGCUUCCUGGGGCGAGAACCUGGAUCCGAGUCUACAAUGACAUUCCAGAUCAGAACCUCACCAUGCACUGGCAUGGCCUCUCCCAACGAUUCGCGCCCUUCUCGGACGGUACUCUCGCCGCAUCACAGUGGCCCAUCCCCCCGGGCCAUUUCUUCGAUUACGAGAUUGCGACCGAACUGGGGGAUGCUGGUUCCUACUUCUACCAUUCGCACGUUGGCCUGCAGGCGCUGAGUUGCACCGGGCCGUUAAUCGUUGAGGACUGCGGCUCAUCGCCUUACGCUUACGACGAUGAGCGAAUCCUCUUGUUCCAGGAUUACUUCCAGCAGAAGAACCAGGACAUGGUUGAGGGCCUGACGUCUGUACCGUAUACCUGGAUGGGGGAAACGCGUGGCAUCUUCCUAAACGGCAAAGGCGUUGCGCUGGGUAUGGCGGCCACCGAGGGCCCGGGCGGUGAAGCGAAUGGGUUCUUUGGGAGCCGUCGCUACUCGGGUUCCGGCGCCGUCAAUGGCAGCCCGGACUCCUGGGAUGGAGUAUUGGGUGAUGACCAGAUCCAACCCUCAGCUGAAUGCACGCUCCCGGUCAUCGACGUCGAGCCGGGCAAAACAUACCGAUUCCGCUUCAUCGGUGCCACCGGCCUGUCCCUCCUGUCGAUGGGUUUCGAGGAUCACCCCAUCCUUGUCGUCAUUCAAGUCGACGGCGGCGAGUACAACUCAGCAGUGCCAGUCGACCGCAUCCAGCUCGGCGGAGGCCAGCGGUUUGACGUCAUUCUGCAAACCAAGACGGUCGAGGAGCUCGGAGACAAGGCCACCUACUUCCUCCAGUUCGAGACUCGUGACCGUCCCGAAACCUAUCGCGGCUAUGGCGUACUCCGGUAUAAUGUCAACUCGCCGGUCCCCCCUGCGCCGGUCGUUCCGGUCCUCGCCCUCCCCGCCAGAGUCAACGACUGGCUCGAAUACACCCUCCAGCCUCUCGACCCCUCCAACGACCCCUGUCCGACUCCCGAAGAAGUCACCAGGCGCGUCACCCUCCUGGCCGAGGAAAAGCAAGACCCCAUCACCGGCCGCCUCGCGUGGCAUCUCGCGCACAUGACUUGGACCGACGAGAGUCGCGACAAACCCGUGCUUGUCGACAUCUACGAGCGCGGCCAACCCGCCAUCCCCGACUACGAGGCCGCCGUGGCCAACUUCGGCUGGGACCCGGCCAACAGGCUCUUUGCCGCCCGCAAGGACGAAGUUCUCGAGAUUGUGAUCCAGAACACGGGCUCGCAGUUCAGCGGCGCCGCCGGCAUCGUCGAGACGCACCCCUUCCACGCCCACGGCGCGCGCUACUACGACAUCGGCGGCGGACCGGGCCUGUACGACGCCGACGCGAACAAUGCCAAGCUGGCCGCCCUCAAUUACAAGCCGAUCAAGCGCGACACGACGAUGAUGUACCGGUACGGCGACGGCCGGGUGGCGCCCGGCGCGCCGGCCGGGUGGAGGGCGUGGCGCAUGCGCAUGUCUCACCCCGGCGUGUGGAUGGUGCACUGCCAUGUCUUGGGCCACAUGAUCAUGGGCAUGGAAUCCCUCUGGGUGGUCGGCGAUGCCGAGGACAUCAUCACGAUCCCCUUGCCCGCGAGUGAGAAUUACUUCACGUACGGCGGCAGCGUCUACGGCAGUGAGGUGCGGGCGCCUGCGGUUUAUCACUAUUUCGACUGCUGCACAAACAAGUGCGUUGACGCGAGGGCCAGCAACUGCACAAACUGA